ACCUCGCGGCUCAUAGCAGUCCCACUGUCCCAGCCUUCCCAGAGUCCCAGACCCAAUAUACUUUAUAUAAAUAAGUAUUGUGUGUAUAAGUUGACAUAUAUGUAGUAAACACGCACAUCAAAAUAUACAAUAUAGGUACCCUGUGCAUCCUACAAUAGUAUUGGAGAGAGUUGUUGCUCAGCCGUACUACACCACAGCCACAGUACAUACGCGUACACCAAUGAGUUCACUCAAAGCACAUAACGACAUGUUAGGCAACCUAAGGGGAGUGUUCCCUGACAAUGCAAGCUUUGUGAUAUGUCUCGCAUACAUGGGGACGUUCGUUAUGCAAGGAUUGCUAACCACUGCAUCUCAGUCGGUUGGUGGAGGCUACUCCUACAAUACCACCACGGCUGUUAUGACGGCCGAAUGCAUUAAACUCGCCACGGCGUUCGGACUCUAUGUGCAAGAGCAUGGUCUCACCAAGUUCCAGCGCGAGUUUCAGGCGCAUCAGAACCUUUUGAGGCUGUACUUCGUCCCGGCUGGGCUGUAUUGUCUGUACAACAACCUCGCAUUCAUCAACCUAGCAAACUACGACCCCACGUCAUACUAUCUGCUACUACAAUUCCGUGUGGUGGUAACUGGAGUGGUGUUCCAAGUGUUGUUUAAGCAGAGACUGUCGCAAAAACAGUGGGCGUCUCUGGUUAUCCUGACGUGCGGUUGCUUUAUGAAAGAGUAUGGGUCUGGCUCGCAUAAGGAAGCAUCAGUGGGCAUCGAGGCACAACGUCAAGCGGACUUCUACUUCCACACGGGGUUGAUUAUGGUGCAGGUGUUCUGCUCGUGCUUUGCUGGUGUAUACAAUGAGAAGCUGCUCAAAGGCGACAAUGGCGAAGCGCCUGUCAUGCUGCAGAAUUGCUACAUGUACUUGGAUUCCAUUGUGUGCAAUAUCCUCUUCAUCAUGGUCCGAGGGGAGCUGGGCUCGGCAUUCUCGGCCCAAGGUCUGUCCAGCAUGUUGCAACCAGUAGUUGUGCUCGUGUGCUGUAACAACGCAAUGAUUGGUAUCAUCACGUCACUGUUCCUGAAGAAACUCAAUUCCGUUGUCAAGGUGUAUGCAUCGGCGAUUGAAUUGAUUGCCACAGCCAUCUUGUCGUGGAUGCUGUUUGGUUAUCCCAUUGACGGGCCUACGUUUAUUGCUCUGAUAUUGAUUGUGGGCGCAUCAGCUAUCUAUAGCAUGAAUCCCAUUAUGAAGAACGACUUUUUGCCUGUCAAAUCUACGGACACCGACGGUAAAUGAGUACACCCCGUGUCAAACAAAGUCACCCCACACAAGCCGACGGUAGUUCGGCACUAUCAGGCACAGCCUAAAGAUAAGCACACUUGCAGCCAUCAAUCAAGGGAGACAAAUCAGACAACCAAACGAGACACUUCAGCCAAACUUUAAAUCCACCUUGAAUGGAGGUAGAUGUUUUGUAGCUUAGUCCGGCGCCGGACUAUCCUGCAGUAGAGCGUGUGCGUGAGAGAGGACGAGUGUUGGGCUGAGCCCUUUCCGGGUUGACUGAAUUUCCCCUACCCUGCUGAUUGGUCUAAGCAAUUGUGUGAUGGUGUGAACAAGUGCAUAGACACCAAACUAAGAGGGAAAUAGAUGAGAGAGGGGGGGGGGUAUAUGGGCCUACACUGGGUGUCUGGCGGGCGUGCGUAUCUGUGACUGGCACAGGUCAGCUGUCGUAUAUAUAAGGAUGGGCAUAUGCUGAACACAUGUUCGUUCUCCGUGAUAUGGCGUCCAUGCACCUGGAUCCCAAACAAACAUCCAAACUUCUCAGUGGGCUCCAAUAUCAACGUCAUAUCAAUAGGGUUCAAAAUAGGGGGAGGGGGGGUUAAUAGCAUAUAUUUAAGCAAGCCUUUUUAAUUGCUGUGUUGUGUACAGUGAGAUUGUUUGCGCAGAUGUGGGUAUCUGUACCAGCCUGUUAAACUUGUAGACUCGCCAACACAUUUAUAACCACACUGGCAGCUACAGGGUAACAUGCAACCUGAGCACAUGCACAUGGCUCUGUGUAGGUGCCGUGCUGUCUGGAUGGAAGCCUAAGUGACGGUCACCAAACGCCACUCGACAGCCCAGCAAAGCAUGUCGAGAAGAUUUUAACAGUAUGCCACAGACAAUGGAUGCAAAUAUUGUGGUAUUCUUCGAAUUCACUCCUUAAGUUUAAUAUACAAAUUCUAGGCCAGAAAAACAGUUGUGCAUGUAUACCGAUAUUUAGGAUUUUACACAUCAAAUUUGUUCGCUUCUUGGUCAGGUCAUGAGGAUCGUCUUAAGUGUUAUUCGAACUACGUAUAGUGCACAUGCCUGUUUGUACACAGAUUUAUCGACUUGCCUAUAUAAUUGUAUACGUCAUUGAUAAUUGGGGUUGGUUCGGCGAUAUUUAUUAACCAUCAAUUCAAGCUGUUAUAGAUCAUGAGUGGGAAGUAGACAGUGGACAGUUGUUCUCGUUGGCACCUAAUACAUUUAUUGCUCGGAAACACGGUUCGAAUCAUAUGGUAAGAUGUUAAUAUCUAAGGUAUGGGACGCCCUGGGCGCCCGUAGCGUAUACACUAACCUGAUUCAGUACUAAUACAUGGAUCUCAAUUAAAAGAGAGAUAGGAAUAUGCCUGUGCCAAGGCAUUGGCAUAGAAAGUAUGUGAAGGAUAGUCCGCGCACGAACACCACACCCAAACACCCAAAUGCUAUCCACGCCCAGUCACGUGCGCACUUGACGUCUAGCCGUACAUAGACACACUUAGUCUUAUCCCGUACAUAACUGCUCGUGUGCCGUAUACACACCAAUGAAGGACAGCCGAAUCCGUUCAGACCGACGCCAAUGGAUUUGUAUGUACUGGUACUGAUCGCUCCACCCAGGCCUGCGAUGGGUGUGAGCUACCCAGGCCUGCGAUGGGUGUGAG